AACAGCGCGGCGAUUUUAAAUUGACACAGUAGGAAACGACAAUUAAGUUUUCUACACGGCACUUAAGAAAGGCCGUAUAUAAAUUCCCACUUCGUUCAUGGUUGGAAUAUAAAUAUAGUUUAAAUCGCUCAUUUAUUAAUGGGCUGAGAGAAGGUUUUGAAUUAUUAACAUUCAUAUUUGAUCAAAAACAUUCAAAGUAUGCUAAUACGUCCGUCAUCGGUGCAAUAAAAUUCCGUAUGAGUGCAAUAAUAAUCCAACACACACACACACACACACACUGGUAUUAUUUAAAGCCAGUUUCAUCAUGCUUGUUACUAAAUCACAGGACAAUUUUAGCAAAGCUUUUUUAAGCCACCUUAAAUGUAUUUCUUAAAUUAAAUAUGAAAUGUCCUCCAGCCGCUUGACCGGUGAAAAGUUUAAAUCCAUGAAAUCUCAUACUCGCCAAGACUCUCCCAGGUACCGAGUUCGCGUACAAAAAAAGCGCAAAAGAAAACAGAAGAGAAGUUUUGUAAGAAAAGGGGAAAGAGAAAGGCUUGGCCGCGGAGGGAGGGAGGCGCUUUCAGAUCUUUCCUGAAACCUUUGAAGACUUUUUGUUGCUGAGGAAGACGGACGCUGCGGAGAAGCGAGACGCAUGCGAGUUGGAUUUACACGGCCGAGACAUGCUUCGCUGCCCAGGAGGAUCGCUGGGGAGGCCGGCUGCUGAGCGGCCCGGAUCGCUUCUGGACCGGACCGGACCGCCUGCGGAGAGGGAUGUGAAGAACCAGUGGAGGGAGGUGGUCCUACAGAGAGCCCCCAGUGUCUGCUCAGCAGUGCCCCCACAUCACCUGAGGAAUAUUAAGGUCUCCCUCUGGAUGCUGCUGUGCCUGCUGGCGCUGGCCGAGGCAGGCCUUCCCGUUGCGGCCCGCCGGGCGGACCCUAGGCCAGCUCUGGUGGAGCAGCGGCCUGGCCAAGUCAUGGAGACGGAGGUUCAGACGGCGGAGCCGAAUGCACACGUCUCCUGGGGAGACCUCUUCGUGAAUCCAACCCAGAUGGAACCGGACGACCGACACGGCCGCUGGCAGCGUUCCCCAUCCAAAACUGGUUCGCCCCGGAGCUCGCGGAAGAACCGGAGAAAGCCCAAAGGUGACAAGCACUGCAGGAUGGAGCGGAAGGAGAUGCGAGUGCGGGACUUGGGCCUGGGCUUUGACUCCGACGAGAUCAUCCUGUUUAAAUACUGCGCCGGCACCUGCCGCGGCUCACGCAUGAACUAUGAUCUGGCCCUCAAGAAGCUGGUAGACAAUGGGACUAUCCCCAAGCAGGAGUCCAAGAAGGUGAGCCUACACCCGUGCUGCCGGCCCACGGGCUACGAGCCGGUGGUCUUCAUGGACGCCCAGACCACCUGGCGGACCAUUGAGUACCUCUCUGCAGCCAACUGCAGCUGCGUGCGGUGAGGGCGGUGGGGGGCUCGCCCAAGUGACAGUCACCAGGUGGGAGGAGUACCAGGGAUGGAGCUGUGCUGGACGCUCAAGCAGGAGACGCCAGGCCCAAAGUGGGAUCUGAGGCCUGCAGGGGUCCCUCCUCAGCCCCCAGAUGGGGAACAACUCAGCAUGGAAGGUUAAGUUCUCUCUGUCUCCAGACCCUGCAGAGAACGAGGACAGGGGUCCCGUCCCUGUUCAGAGGUCUGCAGGGUGGGGACGAUGCACCCUAUUCCGGAGCAGCAUGCUCCUGUUUGCAGGGGCCACACUAUGACCAUGACCAGGACUGGAAAUUUAAGGUUUUAAAUUUAAGGACUGGUUUCACAGUCAGAUGGAGCUCCAGGGUCUGUUUCAGUGUUGGCUUGUUGGCGGAGUAUGGGAGGCGCCGGCAUCCGUGUGCGUCCCUCGGCAACAAUGGAGGGAAAAGGCACGACGCCGACGCAAGCUUGAUUAAUUCCAAAUGCUAAUUACUGAAUUACCGAUGGACUGUAAACUAUCAACACCACGAGCAGACUGGUCGGCGAUUAGGCAGUCAUAACCGCGAGGUACGUCUCCCAGCUGGGAGCUUGUUGAAUAAACAUGGAUCUGUGUGUCAAGCAGUAGCCCUGUUCACAGCCAAAAGAACUUCCAGAGUGUGUCACAUGACUGGUGUUUUGUGGGAUGGACCAAUCAGAUCUUAGGCAGAUUUCAUCAGGGUUAUUCAGUGGGAACCUUAACCCUGCCUUGUCCAAAAAGCCGUGAUGUUUACCACCAUACGCAUGAUGGUCAAGGCAUGACGGUGGAGGGUGAGCAUCUUCUCCAAACACCAACCGCCAGAGAGCAUGUUGGUUGAUGGGAUGAGAUGUUCAUGGGCUGAUUGGGUUGUGAGGGGGAUGCAGACAGAUGAUUGGUGUUCUACAGUCACAUGGGCUUUUUUCUCAUCUACUUAAAUUUCUGCAUCACUGUUCAGGGACGCAGCCUUAGUAGGAUCGUAGUGUGCCACUAGUGUACUGCCGGAAAACUAAUAGGCUAGAAAAGGGAAGAACAGCGAGGUCAGUGCAUUGGACUGCAGUAAUUUGUCCGUGUUUCUGUGUGUAGCUGUGUACAUUCUGCAGGGUUGGAAAGCGGCUCUUCUUUACGUGGCUCCUUGAGCACCACCUGCCUGCCUCCUCUGUAGUGCUGACGGUCGCUCCUCACAUACCGCUAACCGCUGUGUCUGUGUCCUCCUCCUGAACCAUGGCCUUUAAUCGUAUGGUUCCCGGCUGAUUCAUCAUCAGCGGCUCAGACUGCCCUACGUGACUGCAGUAGGGGGCGCUCUUCUGUGAGAUUGUCCCCCAUAUACAGUGACGGCUUUGUCUGGGGGCACGUUCUGCCUGCGCCGGGGGUCACUGCAGGAGCAGCCAAGUCUGUCUCCCGUGGGCACUCAGGAUUUCUGUGGUUCCUGCUUCACGGUACCGCCAUGUUCUCUGUGCUGCUAAGCUCCAUGGUCAGGUUUUAUGUCGCCAUGCCGCACGUGGGAGGCUUAUAAAGGGUUAAUAAGCCCUGAUCCAAGCGGGACUCCUGUCCUGCUCUAAGCCCACUAGACCAUAGAAAGAACACAUACCUUGGAAGAAAAAUGCAAGUUAACUCCUCAGAAAUAAUUGCAGAUGUUAAUGAGUGUUUUAUAAACCCUUUAUGGAAGGUACCUUCAUGGAAAGUGACACCGCAGGGUGAUGGCAGCUAUGGAAAGUGACACCGCGGGGUGAUGGCGUCUAUGGAAAGUGACACCGCAGGGUGAUGGCGGCUGGUUUCCUUCACAUUCACCUUCCAGAACUGUUAGUCACACCUCAGCUUAGCAUUUUGAUUAUUGCGCUUCCUGUAAAUGCUGUGAAGCUCCCUUUGCUUUGGUGUUCUGUUGGAUUGAAGGUCUCUGAUCUGUCCAGUCAACACUGGAAGGUCGUGGAUUUACACGCAUGUGCUUUCUGAUGGACCCUCUGCUUCCCACUGCCUGCGUCUCCUCCUCCACGUGACUCAUUGUGUCAGAAACACAGAUCCUAUUUCCUGGGAACGUUCCAGGGGCACAAAAGGCUGUCACUCACAGCUUGGGAAUUCUUCCCACAAACCCGGGACGCCCCCCCCACCCACUGCAGGGACCAACCUCCACUGGAAACAUCAUUAUGCUACAACAAGCCUGCACCCGUCUCACUGCUCAUGUGCGAACGUGGUGGGAACGUGGUGAGAAUGUGGUGAGAAUGUGGCGGGAACGUGGUGGGAACGUGGCGAGAAUGUGGUGGGAACGUGGUGAGAAUGUGGCGGGAAUGUGGUGGGAACGUGGUGAGAACGUGGCAGGAACGUGGUGAGAAUGUGGCGGGAACGUGGCGAGAAUGUGGUGGGAACGUGGUGAGAAUGUGGCGGGAACGUGGCGAGAACGUGGCGGGAACGUGGUGGGAAUGUGGCGAGAACGUGGCGGGAACGUGGUGGGAACGUGGCGAGAAUGUGGCAGGAACGUGGUGGGAACGUGGUGAGAAUGUGGCGGGAACGUGGUGGGAACGUGGUGAGAAUGUGGCGGGAACGUGGUGAGAAUGUGGCGGGAACGUGGUGGGAACGUGGUGAGAAU